AUUGUGUUGUAGUUCAUCUUCCGUAUAAACGAUAGACUUGAACGAACAUGAUUUCAAUACAUUUUACUUCAGUAAACCAAUAACAAGUAUAUAAAUACAUGUAUAUUUAUGUAUUUAUAAAUCACUAAAGAUGUCAAGAUUGAAAGUCUUUCCCCUGGUCAAAUAUAAGGACUUUACGCUUGCUCCCUGGCCUUGUAAUGAGGAAAAUCCUGGGAAACACCUACAGCUAUUGAAGGAAUUUGAUUCAAGGAGCAGUGAUAUAAUGUUAGGUACUUCACCAAAAUCAGGCACCCACUGGUUGCAUGAGAUUAUUUACAUGUUAUCACGACAGACAACAGAGUAUUGUCCACAGCCGCUGUUCAGUACACACAUGGAUAUGAUGGCAGACUUCGACUCUCUGGAAAGUCAAUCGGAGCCAAGAAUACUUCACACUCACCUCCCAUUUAGCUUCCUGCCAACGAAACACGUUGAAAAUGGAAGAAAAAUAGUUUUUGUCAGCCGAAAUCCAAAGGAUAGACAUGUUUCUCUUUACAAUUUUUUACUGGGAAAGAUGGGAGUUCCUGAAGACUAUAGUUGGAAUGAUUACUUUGUUGAAAUGGUUUUACAUGACACGCUGUGUACAGGAUGGUUCAACUAUACAAAGGAAUUCAUUGAAGCUGUUGAAAAAAAUCCUGCAAACAUUAUUCAUCUAAUGUAUGAAGAUAUAUUGAAGAACCCAACUGAAGUAAUAACACGACUUGCUGAAUUUUUAGAAAUACCUUAUAACGAAAAUCUAGUCGCAGGUGUAGUUGACAAGUGCUCGUUUCACAAAUUAAAGGAAAAUAAGGUUAUGCCUUUUAGGGUAAAAGGUCAACCGUCAUCAUUAUUUAGACAAGGAAAAACUGGAGACUGGAAGAACUGGUUUACUGUUGCUCAAAAUGACCAGUUUGAUGCCAUAUACAGAAAUGAAAUGAAAGACGUCAACAUCAGCUUUAGCUAUGAAUAAAUCAGAAAGAGCAAUGAUCGUGCAUAAAUAUUUUUGAUCGAUAUAUACGUUUCUCAUUGUUCACAUGUUUUUUGUAUGUUAUGAUAAACUGAUGUUUUAUUUGAAAAAAAAAUCAAUAGAUAAAAAUUGGAAAUUUACAAUAAAAAACAAAUAUCUGUA